CACAAUUGAAAAAUGGUAUUCACUGCGAAAACAUAAACAAUGAUUGUGACAAAAUUAACAAAAAACAAAAACAACAACAGAACAGCUCGGAAGGACAGCAGACCAAAUUUUCGAAAAACUUAUUAAUAAAAUGGAUUUAGUGCCAGAAAACUCCUCCAGUGCAAACAAGAGAACAACAGCAGGCGGCAGGGUGAAAUGGAGUGCCGCGCUUGAGUGCCUGCUGAUUGACAUAUGGCAGGAGAAAAUUGAAGACUUGCGCGGACCACGCAAAAAUUCACAUGUGUACAUGGAGAUGGCCGAGUCCAUGAAGGAGGCUGGGCUUGAGCUUGGAUGGGGCGAGAUAAGGACAAAGCUCGAGAACAUGACCAAAAAAUACAGGAUUGAAAAAAAUAAAAUUGGACCGAGCGGGGGUGCUCCAUCUGUUUCUGUUUCUGUUUGAGAUGCCAAGCUUUUUU